CUUUUUUGACCACGCACGCUCUUCAACCUCGCCAUCCAAUAUUCUGCAGCGGCUAGACCUCAACUCUCGAAACGCGACCCUGAGGACAUAUACUGGUGAACUCGUACAGGCACUCGAACAGCGGCUCUGAGCGCUGAGCAGAUACACCGCCGAUUCAGAGAGGAUGCGUCUCCAUCUGAGGGAAAGUCCCCGCGCUCUCUACCUGGUCACGGAUGCACAAGACGAACCAGGGCGGCCUGGCAGAGCUCUGGUCUUCCGUGCAACCGAGGGCAGCUCGUCUCAAGCCGUGGUGCAAUUUCUUCCUAAGGAUGAGGUCGAUCUGUCCACCACGGUCAAGCUCGCGCCCGGGAGAGUAAUUAGAGGGUGCCUCGGUCUAAUAUCCGUGUCGAACGAGAUAUUCUUGGUCGUGAUCACGUCUGCAACCGCAGUGGGCAAGACGCGUCCAUAUGCACCCACUGAAGAGUCUGUCACCCAGAUACAUGACGCUGGCUUCUACAGCCUUAAUUCAUCUACAUGGGACGGCCUCUCCACGGAUGUUGGGAUGAGGUCGGGCUAUGACGACCAGUCGGACAGUCCAGUCGGUGACUCGUUCACGAAUACGACACAGAAUCCUGUGUUUGAACAUCCUUGCGCACCUAUCACCAAGAUUAUCUGCACAGGCACAUUCUAUUAUGCCAAUGAAGAACAAUGGGACAUAACCUCUCGUCUGCCGCUGCGCCUAGCUCGUCGAGCUGAGGCGGGAGGGGUGGCCGAUGCGGGGCUAUAUGACGAACGAUUCUUGUGGAACGAGUACAUCAUCAAGAGUCUAUUAGACUUCAGAGAGCGGCUGGAUCCCCAAGAACGAGACGAGCUUGACCGGACGCGUUUCAUAGUCCUCGCCAUCCAAGGCUACGUGGGUGUGUAUACCUUGGCCCUGCCAGCCCCUCCAACUAGUGGCACACCGACCAUCGCGACUUUGGCCCUAAUCUCGCGGUUGGGUUGGAAACGGUCGGGGACUCGGUUCAACACGAGAGGAGUCGAUGAUGAUGGAAAUGUAGCCAACUUCGUGGAGACAGAGACGAUAUUCAGCACCGACCAGCAUUGCUUUAGUUAUGUACAAGUACGGGGGAGCGUACCAUUGUUCUGGGAGCAACAAGGACUCCAGACGUUCGGCCAUAAAAUCCAGAUCACCCGACCACAGGCCUCCCAACCGGCAUUCGAUCGUCACUUGAUGCAACUGAUAGAAGAGUACGGGUCGAUGCAUGCAAUCAAUCUGCUAGGCAGCAAAGAGAACGAGGCGAUCCUGACCGCGGCAUAUGCGAGGCAUCUUCAAUCAGCGAGGGCAGCAAUGGGAGACACGGUCGGGAUUACGCAUUUUGACUUCCACAACGCGGUCAGGAUCGGUGGUCACGAGAGCGUGUUCAGAGAGAUAAGGCGCCUAGAAAACAUCGCCGACCAUAUCGACAAGUUUGGCUUCUGCAUGACUGAUGCUUCCACCGACGAGCUCAUCACGGAACAAAGAGGUGUCUUCAGAACCAAUUGCCUUGACUGCUUAGAUCGAACGAACUUCGUCCAAGACAUCUUAUCCCGCACAACCCUUGAACAAUACCUGAUGCUGAUACGAAAAGAGUGGGUUCAUUCUACAGCUCUCUGGUCAUACCAUAGGGAGCUCUGGGCUGAGAAUGGAGAUGCACUGUCUCGUAUUUACGCUGGCACCGGCGCAUUGAAUACCAGUUUCACUCGCAGCGGAAAGCGGACGUUAGCGGGCGUUCUGUCCGAUGCUACGAAAAGUGUUUCCAGAGCGUACAUCAACAAUUUCCAAGACAAGGGCAAGCAGAUUGCUAUUGACAUGUUGGUGGGAAAUCUCAGUACGCAGAAGAAGGUAACAAUCUAUGACCCUAUCCAUGACUCGGUGCGCCGAGCUCUGGAUGCAAGACUAUCUGAGUACUCGACGACAAAGCCGUGCACUAUAUUCAUCGGGACGUGGAAUCUGAAUGGCAAACCGCCGUCAUCCGAGUCUUUGCUCCCUUGGCUUUUUCCGCGUCAAUAUACAACUGACCCGGACAUUUUUGUCAUCGGGUUUCAAGAGAUCGUACCCUUGACCGCGCAGCAAAUCGUACAGGCUGACCCGGAACGGAGACGGGCUUGGGAGGUAAAACUCUUGGACACGCUCAACAAACGGUCUGAGAGCAAGGGCGAAUAUGUGUUGUUGCGUGGUCAUCAGUUGGUCGGAACGGCGUUACUCGUCUUCGCGAAGACUGAACUCACUUCCGCGAUACGGAAUGUCGAAGCCGCCUCGCAUAAGACUGGUCUGAGGGGCAUGUCUGGUAACAAAGGAGCCGUAGGUAUACGGCUCGAUCUUUGUGACACUAGCUUCUGCUUCCUCACCGCCCACCUCGCCGCCGGUCAUACAAAUGUGAUUGAGCGUAAUGCCGACUAUCGUACCAUCACCAAUGGGCUGCAUUUCCUCAAGGGAAAGACUAUCGACAGUCACGAUAACGUCAUCUGGCUGGCGGACACGAACUAUCGAAUCGACCUUGAGAACGAGCAUGCCAGAUCCCUAGCUGUGUCCAGUGACUAUGACGCCUUACUGGCUGCAGACCAAUUAAAACAAGCCAUGGAUGACGGAGCGGCAUUCACAGGAUACCAAGAAGGCCCCAUAUUGUUCCGUCCAACUUACAAAUACGACGUUGGCACAGACAAUUAUGAUACAGGGGAGAAGAUGCGUAUCCCUGCCUGGACAGAUCGGAUUCUGUUCAAGGGUGCUUGCCUUGAUUUGUCUUCCUAUUCACGAGCGGAGUUGAAGAGCUCAGACCACCGUCCAGUCUUCGCCCUGUUCCGCGCGGAGAUUAGGAUAAUCGACCAUGCUAGACGCGAUGCCCUAUCCCGUCUCUUGCUCGAAAAUGUUACCGCCAGCGCCCCUGGAGAAAAGCUCGACGAGAAGCUGGCUGAAUUGACAUUUGUAGAUGAGAACGAUGACCUACCUGCACCGAGCACAGAUGAAGCAGCGUGGUGGGAGGACCCCGAUCAUCCUAGCGGCAUCUUCGUCCCGGCGAGCCCACCGAGGCCCUCUCGCAAGGGCACGAAUCCGUUUGACUCUCCAGACAACUCGCCCCUGUCGUCUUCCCCAUCGUCGUCGGAGGAAGAACUAUACAAUGCCCUGCAGAGUCCGUUGGCACCGGAGCAAGCACGUCGAAGACCACCCCCGCCGCCGCCACCUCGCAGUGCCAAAAUUACACCAACAGACAGUUGGAUUGUACGAGAGGAUAGACACGCGUGUGCAUGACGCUAUGACUGACGCCAUGACAAAAGUACCAUGUAUAAUACAGACUGUAUCAGAGGACGAUGCCGGAUGUAAGAUAGCCAAGUUGCUAUAUCAAUCCUUGCUUCUUCAAAUCCUCAUACGUCUUGCGGUUGUACACAUUACCCUCCUCAUCUUCCAGCUCCUCCAUGGUCUCCUGCUCGAAGAUCUCAUGACGGCCUUCUCGUUUGAGCUUCUCAGCAA